AUGUCUUUCUUUCGCAAUCGCCGCCAGUCUCCACAGCAGUCUCUCCAGGAACCAGGGAGUCCGAAGCCUGCGUCGGUCGUAUCGCCAACGCCAAGCAGCACUGCCAAAAUCAGGAAGCGCCUCACUUCGCUCUCGCUCGGAGGGAUCAAACGCACCAGGUCGACGACCCACAAGCACUGCGCUGCGCCCCCAGUUGGUCAUACUGUCCAGUUUCCGUCAGGGUACGCGCGAUAUGGGAGCGAGUCGCCAUCGCCCACUGCGUCACUCGAUAUCCGCAUGCCCACGGGACUAGGACGUCGUGCGAGUUUUACAGAGAAGUCUGAGCAGGAGCAGCAGGGCAGGGCUGAGCGAUUGCGGCAGGAGAGGCCAAAGACUACUGGCGGCAUCAGUGCGCCGGAUCUGUCGCAUUCGUCCCAGUCGGGUGCGGGCAUGUUGCGAUGGGUGGACGCGCUCACGGAGGAUGUUACCAAAGAUGACGGGCCUGCGAUAAUGCGCAUGCCUGUCGACCUGUUGAACGUCAUGUUCUCCUACAUGUCGCGCCAAGAACUCGCCUCGCUUGCUCUCGUGUCGCGGAUGUUCCUCCUGCCUGCAUUGCGCGCGCUGUACAGCAACCUGGACUUAUGGCACACCGCUGAUUCGCGCGUCGAGCAGUGUAUUGCACUCCUUGCAUCCAAACGGUCGUUCGGGGGCUAUGUCCGUCGAUUUGUGUGUCGCAAGCUGCCCGCAACCAAGAAUGGUGCGGUGUCGAUGAGCACGGUGACCUUCGCCAUCGCGUUCACCAACAUGUACCAGCUAACGUCGCUCACCAUCCCCCGGUUCGAAGCGCAUCUCCUCCUCCACACAACCUUCCGACUACGACGCCUAACGAUCCUCGCGGAGUUUAUGUCGUCGGACGAGUUACGUGACUUCUUCUCCUGGCUGGUCAGCCAACCUGCACUCACCUCCCUCUCGCUCCCCAACCUCGUCCUGCGUUCGCUACUUAACAGAGAGGACUCUGGCAGCCCCUCGAAUGAUACCACACAACCAUCUGAUACCCUAAUGUGCCCCUCACAAUCAUUUCCCCACCAUCUACUCUCACGUCUCACACAUUUUCAUGGUCCCCCAGUAUUGGGUGCAGUACUUGUUCCAGGGCACCCUGUCGCGUCCGCGGUCUUGCGCAUCCGAACUACGCUGUACGAGGGACUGCGGCCCUCUGCGAUCAUGUCCGCACUCGCGCGGUCCAGCGCGCCGAUUAAGCGGCUGUCCAUUAAAGCCACCUCUAACAAGGUCGACGCGCGAACGUUGGAGCGGAUCUUCAUGUCCGCUGGUGCGGAGCUUGGAGAUAGGCUCGAGGUGCUCGAGGUUGACUGGGUGCUCGAAGACGAGAUACUCUACAAGCAGAUCCUCUCUGUGCUCCCGCGCUUCCGCUCCCUGCGCACGCUGCGAUUGCACCGUGGCUCCCCACCCCCACCGCCGAGGUCGCCUCCGCCCACAUUCCCGCUACCACCGACGUCGCUCUCACCGACGAAUAUCUACCCCUCCCCGCUCCCGUCGCCAAACUCACCGCUCGGCAGCCGCCCGACGACCGCGAACAGUAUGUCGCUCGACAUCCCGCUGCCGCGCGCGCACGAACGCACGCACCUCAGCGCGUGGAGCCGGCACUGCCCCUCGCUGCGCUCGGUCGUGUUCCUCUCGGAUGCGGAAUGGCGCAUCAGCUUGCGCAAUUUGGCGGACCCGAUGUCGAUGUAUGCCUUCGUCGGGUUCGUGGCGGAUUGA